CUUUUUAUACACACACAAAAAAUGGCAGAAGCUUCAUCCUCUAACGGUUGUGCUAGGUUAGCCGGUAAAGUUGCCAUUGUCACCGGAGGUGCUAGUGGUAUCGGCAAAGAGACGGCACGUGUCUUUGCCGAACAAGGUGCACGCAUGGUGGUGAUCGCUGACAUUCAAGAUGAGUUGGGCAAUCAAGUGGCUGCGUCCAUUGGCAUCCAUAGAUGCACCUACAUUCAUUGUGACGUGAGAGACGAAGCUCAAGUCAAAAAUCUCGUUCAAUCAACUGUCGAAACAUAUGGACAAGUAGAUAUUAUGUUUAGCAACGCUGGAGUUGUAAGUCCAACUAAUCAAACUCUAAUGGAACUCGACGUUUCUCAAGCUCACCAUGUGUUCGAAGUUAAUGUUCUAGGAAUGGCAUUAUGCGUAAAACACGCGGCGCGUGCGAUGGUGGAGGGUGGUGUGAGGGGUAGUAUUGUGUGCAUGGCGAGCGUCGCUGGUAGCUACGGUGGCUUGACGAUGACCGAUUACACAAUGUCAAAGCACGCUAUAAUAGGGCUAAUGCGCUCAUCGAGUGUGCAGCUUGGGAAAUACGGAAUAAGAGUGAAUUGUGUCUCACCAAAUGGAUUAGCAACACCGCUGACUACGAAAAUGCUAGAUGCAGGUCCAGAGAAAGUGGAAUCAGUUUAUGAAGACUAUUCGAGGUUGAAAGGAGUGGUUCUCAACACUAAACAUGUGGCGGAUGCUGUGUUGUUUUUGGUAUCUAAUGACUCUGACUUUGUCACUGGGCUUGAUCUUCGUGUGGAUGGCAACUUUGUUUCUGGCAAAUCUGAUUCAGUAUAUUAGUACUAAAAAUUGUAUUGCUUAAAAAUUGUAUUGUUAAAUUCGAAGGACAAAGAAUCUCUACAAUUAUAGUCGGAGUUGAGGUGUAUGGAGUGAUGCAUAUGUAAAAAUAAAUGCAAUAAAAGAAAUAUAAUAAAGGGUUAAUAUUUUUCUGUCUA